ACAAAGGAUCGAUGACACGCAUUUUCAUCGAUGCGUGUCAUAUCCCGCCAUCCCAAGACUAGUUGGUUCGGUAUUCUAGGAUCUGAAUGGACGCCAAACACUACCGUCGGAUUUUGAAAAUUGGUACAUAGAACGAAAUAUCUCCGACGAAACUUCAUACAAUAAUAUGUAUGUACAGUAAUAUUCAUUAAUGCCUUUCGAUUCCGGCUAACUUUUUUUCAAUUUGAAACAAAAUGUGAAUUCGAUUCUACACGUGAGAGAAUGUAAAGGUAAAGGAAAGGCAGCAAAAAAUGGUAUCCGGAAGCGAAAGGCAUUGAUGAACAUUACCCCACGUGCAAUGAACUAAAUUAGCGGACUAACGUAUAGUGGAUCAAAGUGCAACGAAAUUGCGUUUCACCAUCGGAAAAUUAACUCCUUAAUCUCGCUACACGUCGUGUCAUUAUACUUUCAUGAAUUUUCGCACAGGUAUAUUACUACGAUAUCGUAUGUUUAUAGGACAACUGAUAGAAUAUUGAUGAAUAAUUGUAAAACGGCUAUGCGUGCAUCGAGGUAUUGUUUUCAAAACUACCAUAAUCGGAACAUAUGCUAAUGAUAGAUUGAAUUAACUUCAGAGGGCAGCGCACGUGUAAUUACACUUCACGAGUAGUGCAGCAAAAAAUUGGCAGCAUGAGUUAGGUUUAGAACAACUAAAUCAUUUCAACGGAAAUUUCAAUUCCCUUCAAUUUGACAACGACGCGCUUAAAAUGUGUUGGCCUCAACGUUCGAAAAAACAAAUUUUACUCAACUUUCAUGGCAGUAUACGCAAGCUUUUGACAAUCUGAAAAAAUUAGGUUUUUCUAGGUCUCACGUGGCCUUUGCCAUACAAUUCAAACCACAAGACUACCGUCUCUCGACUACAUUAGAAUAUGGUUUUUAAAGUGUCGCCAACAUUGCUUAAGGAUUCAAAUCGAAUUAUGGAUCAUGUCUACAGAUGGAUUUUCCAAAUUCUUUGGAGGUCUGUGAAAUUACCCCAAGCAUUUCAAUAAUUAUCUAAAACUGUUCAUUGGCUUUGCUAUACCUCCUGGAAACGUAAAUGCUUCGAACAAGCGAGGUUUGACCUUUGCAUCCCGAAGUGCAUAGUGCUGAAAUAAUUUAUGGCAUAUGCGAUUAAUUAUUCAAUAAUCCAGUGGCGAUAGCCAUUGAACAGAGUAAUUUAUUUCCAGGCAUUAAGUCCGAGUCUUCCUUACUCCCUAGCCCCUCUUCACCAAAGAAUAAUAAAUUACUGCAAGAAGUCAAAGAGAGCUUGUCUGCGUUUAGUGCUAGUUUCAGGUGGAUCACGAUACAGCAUUUUUGGUUUGAACAUGAACUGCCAUUGACUUGUGGCACCACCGCCAAAGUUCGCUCUGUGGCAGUAAUUCUUGGGAUCCUGAGGGUAAUCGGUGGUACCAAGGGACUAUAAAAUAGUAUUUGAAGGCAAGUAAUUAUUUCCUCACUUUCAAUUGGUAAUCCAAUAUUAGUUUGUUGAAAAUUAUCCUUGAAAAUGUCACAAGCUACGUAUAUUCAGGACAUGAUGGCAGAUCCUGCGCUGGAGAUCUCAGGUCCGCAAGAAGUUGCAAGUUUUUACGCCAACCGUAAUGUCCUGCUCACAGGGGGUGCCGGUUUUUUGGGAAGGCUUUUGGCAGAAAAAAUAUUACGUUCCUGUCCGGAUGUAAAAAGUUUGUUCAUACUCUUGCGAGCGAAAAAAGGCCGGAGUCCUAAGGAGAGACUCAAGCUGCUCUUCGAAGACUCUAUGUUCGACCGGCUGAGAAAAGAGCAGCCUGGAUAUUCGCGAAAGGUUGUGCCGAUCGAUGGCGAUAUAUCACAAGUUGGCUUGGGUUUGUCCGAAGAGCACAGAGAGUUGCUUCGAACUACCCACAUCGUGAUACAUGCUGCAGCCACUGUGCGAUUCGACGAAAGUUUGCGAGUCGCCGUCAACGUCAACGUUAGGGGGACCAACGAGCUCUUAUCGCUCGCACGGGAAAUGAGGAAUCUUAAGGCAUUUGUUCACGUCUCAACUGCCUACUCAAAUUGUGUUCAAGACCUGGUCGAAGAAAAAUUUUAUCCACCACCAAUAGAUGGGGACAAACUAUUCAACUUGUUGGACAUACUAGAUGACGCUUCCCUGGAGCACUUGGUUCCCAAGCUCCUGAGCAAAUGGCCGAAUACCUACGCUUUCACUAAGGUAAUUGCCGAGGACAGUAUUCGCCGUAACUGUCGUAAUCUACCAGUGUGCGUGGUAAGACCAUCGAUAGUAAUCGCCACAGCGAAAGAACCUGUGCCUGGUUGGAUAAACAACGUCUAUGGUGCUACCGGAAUUGUACUCGGUGUUGCCGUCGGGCUGCUGCAUACUUUGCACUGCGACCCGGAACUUGUCGCCGACUUGAUUCCCGCAGACUACGUCGUCAACACGAUCAUUGUUGCGGCCUGGGAUGUCGCCAAAACUCGAUGUAUCAACGUCGAGAAUGCGGUUAACGUCAUGGUUCCGGAGGUAGAAGACGUGCCGAUUUAUAACUCCGUUUCAUCCUGCCAGAAACCCAUCACCUGGGGACAAUUUAUGAAGUAUACUAGUGAAUUGGGAAUGGAAACACCAUCCUUGGCGACCGUAUGGAUUCGCUUCUUGAAACUUAAUAAGUAUAAUUGGCUGCACAAAGUUUACAUGGUUUUUUGUCACCUUCUUCCUGCUAUCAUUGUCGACAGCUUGGCUAGGCUCACCGGAAGAAAACCCGUAUUAUGGGACGCGUACAAGAAGAUUCACAAGUUCAGCACUGUGAUCAAAUAUUUUACGCUACGACAAUGGCGGUUCAAUAACAACAGUGUCCUACGACUGUGGGAUAAACUAAGUUCCGCCGAUCAGAGUAUAUUCGAAUUCAACGUGGAGGGCCUCAACUGGGAAGAUUACAGUUACAGUCAUGUUCGUGGUAUCCGUGUAUAUCUUGCAAAGGAUCCUUUGGACACUAUACCGGCAGCGGCAGCGAAAUACACCAGGAUCAAGAUAGCUCACUAUACCCUGUUGACAGCUAUCUGCGGAAUUUUUUUGUGGCUGAUACGGUCGUUACUACGAGUUGUUGGCUUAUGGUAAUUUUCUGGUGAUCGCAGUUCAUCUACAGCCGAAUUUCAACGUGCGUAAAUAAUCUUACAAUUGGUUUGAAAGGCUCCAAAAGAAUCGGACUCUUUUACGUGGCUGACAGUGAGUGUUGAUUCCGUAUUAUUUAUAACAUUGAUGCUUGUAGCUAUGCAUAUACAUAUAUCACGUACGAACUUUUCUAGAAUGUAACUAGAGAAAUUUUCAUAAUGCUUACUCUUGAUUGAACGAUUAAAUUUGGGUUGCUCCGAACGUAUCCCGUGUCAUUGCGGAAUCCCUUCUAAGCUAUCCUAAGGUGAUUGAAAUAGUCAUUUGAGAUUGCUUAAAUGUGCCAAGGGGUCCACGAUUCUUCAGAGAUAAUGCAUUAUACGCACACUGCUGUAUGAAAUUGAUGAAACGUGACGAAGCUGUUUUGACAUUUUGUGAAAAGGAUGAAAUCCUGGAAGGAUAGAAACUCAGUGUCUACACUCUACAAUGUACAAAAGCAAUCACGAUUGAUGUCUGAUUACCUAUACGAUACAUGGUAAUUAACAACUGAUCAUGAAUAGAUCUGUUGAUGCGAUUGAAAUUUAUUUAACUGCACCAAAGAAAGCCGCUUUGCCUGCAAUUGAUAUUUCGCAAAUAAUCGAUUACAAUGUUGGAAAGAUUUCUUUACUGAUAAUUGAAAUGAAUU